AUGGCGGAGGAACACCGGAAGUACGGUGACGUAAUUCAAGGCAACUUCUUUGAUACAUACGAGAACCUCACACUGAAGGUUGUGACAGGGUUUCAAUGGAUAGCCAGAUAUUGUCCAAACGUUUCAGUUGUGGCCAAAAUCGACGACGAUGUAUUUGUAGAUACUGUCAAAUUUAUAAAAGUAUAUAUACCGAUUAUGAAGCUGAAAAAGAAGUACAUAUUGUGUAAUCAAGCCGGUUCGAUUAUAAUGAGAAAGGGAAAAUGGAUAAUGUCUGACACAAACGUCUUAAGACAUUACACCACAUACCCGUGGAGAUACUGCAGUGGGUUCGGGGUAUUCAUCAGUGGUGACAUGAUUGGACGUUUGUACAAGGCCGCAACAAUGUCUCCUUUCCUGUGGGUUGAUGACGUAUAUUUCUCCGGAGUUCUGCCUUCAAAGCUGCAUGGUGUGAAAUACAAAUAUGUUCCUAAUCGGUGGUUACCGUCGUCUGAAAACAAACAAUGUCUUCUCCGUAAAGAUUGCAGAUACAUUGUGGCCAUUGUUAAUCAAAGUGAUGUCAGAGUUAUCUGGAACUAUUUUAUGAAUGUCCGUUACCGGGACGAAGAGUUUUGAUUCAAAUUUGAC